GGUAGUUUAACCUACAUUAAAAUUCCUAGAAGAAAGGACAUAUUUUUGCUGACAUUGACUUGAUAAAUUAUUUAUUUGAACAGAAAUAAUCAAAAUCAAAGUGUUUCUUUGGACCGAUGCUUGUAUGGAAGUGUCCGGAAGAAGAGACGGAAAGGGAGAUUUCUCGUCAUCCUUUUCCCAUAGUUCUGAUGAUGCCGAUCAGCUAUAUUGUCUACCGUGUAAACAUGAUGAAACUCGGGUACCAGCCUACGGAUACUGCAAGGACUGUGCAGAACACCUGUGUGAGACAUGCUACAAAAAUCACAGGAAACCAGCACCAUGUAGGAACCAUAUCCUCCUAGACAAGACAAAAAUGCCAAAAACCCUGAGUCCGGGUACUACUUCUCUAGACUUAACAGAAACAUGUGAUCAACAUCACGGUAAAGCCAUAAAAUAUUUUUGCAAGGAUCAUGAAUCCCUAGGCUGCAGCCCAUGUAUGACGAUGAACCACAGAAGUUGCAAGAUAGACUACAUUCCAGAUGUUUCCAAGAACUACAUAGCAAGUUCACAGUACCAGAGUCUUCUAAAAUCAUUGGAGACUUUACAUGACAAUUUGAAGGCAAUCGCUAAGUCUAUAACAGAGAAAAAGAAACUCAUUCAAGAAAAUCAGGAUAGAAUUAAGGCAGACAUUCAAAAGUUUCGACAAAAAAUCAACGCUACACUAGACAAAUAAGAAGUUCAGCUCUACAAAGAUGUUGAUUGUCUCUUUUCCAGAGAAGAUCAGAGGACAGAUUCAACACUAACUCAAUGCC